CUUUGUUAAAAAAAUUCUGUUUCAAAAAUUAGAAUCGACUUGGAAUGGCGCACUUAAACGUAGUUUGAUUCAGUAUGAAUUGCGCGCGCGACAAAUGCAGCCAUCCGUGCAGAGAAAGCUCAGAGCUCAAACAAUUAAUCGUCUAAGUAACAAUAAUAAAUCAUUUAACGUCAUUUUAAAACGCGGACCGUCCGAUUCGUUAAUCCAUGAUUCGCGAAACGAAAUGAAAUUGUUAUAAGUAUGUAUGUAUGUAUGUAUGUACAUGAAAUGUACGCACAUAUGUAAGAAUUAACAUAUAUUUACUCACACGUAAUUUGGGAUAUCCCAAGCUCAUUAAAAUAUUAAUUCGAUAAACAAAACGUGCCACUCUCUCCACUCGUCAAACAGCCCUAACAGCAAUGAGUAAUAAUCUACACUUGGACUCAAUGAAGGUUUUGUCCUCAAAGACUUACCCUCUACCACAAGUACACAACGCCAACACUAAAUUAACGUCGAAGCACCUCAGACUGAAACGUAGUGUGCGACUUGGUGUCAACAUACAGACUGGCCGCCUGCAGUGGUGUCCUGGUGUAACUUGUUGUAAAGUUUUUAUUAUUCUUCCAGUGGUUUUGUUGCCAAUAACAAUUGUACUCAUUCUAUUAAUGCGCAUGGACAAUAUGCUAACAGCACUGCGGUUGCAGCGAGAGCAGCAACUGCCGCAAGGAGAUCAUUACGAAUAUUCGCCACGUCAGGAUCAUUAUCGAUUGGAUUUCCCAACGGCUAAAUGCGAUGAGAUCGAUGAUAUAGUGAAAGAGCAGUUUAUAAUCCCUGUGGAUAUUCGUAAAAAGGACGAAAGUGAACAGGAGCGCAUCAAGCGCUGCAUAUCAUUUAAGUUUGGUUUCAGUGAGGGAAUAGAAGUGGAGGAUCGGGAUAUAAUGAAAGACGCGCGGACAUCUUUUCUACCGCAAGAUACCACUGCAAUACCCCGUGAAUGUCUGAAUAAACUCAACUCAGUUAAUGCGGAUCAAAACUUUGUGAAUGAAAUAUGGGAGCAGAUUCUCCGACGUCGUUCACGCAACACCGGUGAGACUGGAGUUAGCGAGGCAAAAUCUGAAUCGGUUGAUGAUGGGUCCAGCAACACACAGAAUUCGCUUAGCGAAGAGGAUGCGCGACUUUUUGGCUCAACAUCAGCGUUACAGACAUUUUGGAAUGAGGAGGGUACUAAAGAAAGUAUACGAGAAGCCCAAGCAAAGACAAUGAAAAAGUACAUGGACACCACAAUUAAUCCUUGCACUGAUUUCUAUAAAUAUGCUUGCGGUAAUUGGGAGCGUCUGCAUCCUAUACCAAAGGAUAAGGCUGGAUUUGACACCUUUGAGAUGCUACGUGAAAAUCUAGAUGUUGUAUUAAGGGAACUGUUGGAGGCUAAACGAACCACGGAGCCGCCUACAUCUCAAAAUAAAGUAGUAGACAUUCAAAACAAUAAUUAUGGCCACAGCAUCGAAACACGUGCAGAUAUUAUUAAAUUCAGUUCAUCGGUACCCAGUUCAGUGGUUGGAGUGAACAAGAAAGAAGAUUUACCUAAAGCUUCAGGUCAAGAUCAACUAAAAGAAAGAGUCACGCGUCUUCGACGACACAUCGUACACCACCGGGAUGCUUUAGGCGUCGUCUUACGUCGUUACAAGCGCCAGCAGGCCAUCUCACAUAAAAGGAAGCGCUUAAUUACUUUAUUCGGACUGGGCAACCUUUCAUCCGACAGUAUUAGCAGUUCCGAGUAUGUUGACAACGACGAUGCACAACUAAAAGCGAAAUAUCUUUAUCAGUCGUGUAUAAAUGAUGAUCUUCUUCAGAAGCGUGGUAUUAAACCGCUUACAAAAUUAAUUGAAAAUCUCGGCGGCUGGCCCGUACUAAAUCCAAAUUGGAAUCAACAAAACUUUGAUUGGCUCAAUUUAACCGCACAAUUGCGGCGUUACAAUAACGAUAUUCUCAUUGUUGAGUGGGUGGGGCCAGAUAUUAAGAAUUCCGAUGAGAACAUUAUACAAUUCGAUCAGACCAGUCUUGGUUUACCCACACGAGAAUAUUUCCUACAGGACAUGAAUGCUCGAUAUUUGACAGCAUAUCAGUUAUUCAUGUCGGAGAUAAUGCAAAAGUUGGGUGCGUCACGUGAGCGCGCCAUAAAAACGGCCGCCGAAGUGGUGGGCUUCGAAACACGGCUCGCCUCGAUAACAGCACCGGCAGAGCAACGCCUGAACGUGACCAAGCUGUAUAACCGAAUGACGCUGAAUCAAUUGCACCAGGCGGUACCGGAAAUAAACUGGCUUCGUUACCUUAGCAUUCUCCAGGAUCGAAAUGUUCGCGACUCUGAAGAGGUGGUCAUCUAUGCCUUAGAUUAUAUGAACGAUCUCGUUCGUUUAUUACACACAACAAACCCUGCUACUGUAUCUAAUUAUUUGCUUUGGCGUUUUGUGCGUCACCGCAUAAACAAUGUUGAUGAUCGUUUCGAGGAUACCAAACAAAAUUUUUAUCACUCCCUAUUCGGACGUGAAGAGAGUCCACUUCGUUGGAAAGUCUGUAUUGCACAAGUAAAUACCAACAUGGGCAUGGCCCUAGGCUCGAUGUUUGUACGCAAAUAUUUCGAUGAAAAUAGCAAACGAGACACGCUUAAAAUGACACACGAGUUACAACAAGCUUUUCGUGAAAUCUUAAAAAACACAGACUGGCUCGAUUCGAGCACUAAGCACUUAGCCGAACUCAAAGUUAACGCCAUGUCUUUAAAAAUAGGUUACCCAGACUUCAUACUAAACCCAAUCGAACUGAACGAAAAAUAUUCAGGCAUUCGCAUUCACCCAGAAAAAUAUUUUGAAAAUACUCUUAACGUGCUUCUGCACACUGCCAAAACGGAACAAAACAAGUUACGGGAAUCGGUAAAUAAAACAACUUGGCAGACAGCCCCAGCAAUUGUAAAUGCGUACUACAGCCGCAACAAAAAUCAAAUCAUGUUUCCGGCUGGCAUACUCCAACCACCUUUCUACCAUCGUCACUUUCCUCGUUCAUUAAAUUUUGGAGGGAUCGGCGUUGUAAUCGGGCAUGAGCUUACUCACGGUUUUGACGAUAAGGGACGACUAUUCGAUCGCAAUGGCAGCAUACACAAAUGGUGGACAGAUGCAUCAAUUAAGGGUUUCGAUGAACGAGCGCGCUGUAUAAUUACCCAGUACAGCAAUUACACAGUGGGAGAGGUCGGCAUAUCACUUAACGGCGAGAGCACUCAAGGUGA